AAGACGGACCACAGCGGAAAAGUGAGGGAAACAAGAGCAAAAAGUAAGGAAAGUGGCCCAACUUGGGCCCGGGAUGGACGGGCCAGAAGGGAAGGAGAUGGAAGGGACUGAAGGGAAAGAGAUGGAAGGGACUGAAGGGAAAGAGAUGGACGGGACAGAAGGGAAGGAGAUGGAGCCCGAGAUGGACAACAAAACGAUUAAAGUAGAACCCACCGAAUCCGGUGAGACCCUUCUCAGGGAGAACAGCCCUGACCCUGACCCUGGCCACGACACUGACCCUGACCCUGACCCAGGAGAGGGACCGUCCUCCUUGAUCAGGGACCCCAAGUUAGGACUGUGCGAGCCUAAACCAGGACCCAGCCGCAAGAUCAUAGACGACGAUGAUGAUGAUGACAGUGAUGAUGAAGAUGAGGACGAUGAUGAGGAUGAAGAUGAGGAUGAAGAUGAUUCCCACUUGCCCCUGGUGGUCUGGGAGCAGCCUCUCAAAGUGGGGAAAGAAGAGCCCAUGGACUACGAUGAUGACUGCAUGCCAGGACCCAGCCGAGCCAAACCCCUGCACAACUGGGACUCAGACAGCGACUCGGAUUCUGACAGCUCGAACACAUCCUGUAGGAUUCGAGAACUUCCCGUGCAAGAUGACGAGGAAGAAGAUGAUCAGGCUCAAGCCCAGGCUCAGGCGCCAGCUCCAAAGCAGAAAAGCAUUUUCUGCUUCAAAAAGAAAGAUAUACCUGCCAUUGACACACCUCUUCCAAUAGAUGACAUGACUCUGAUUCUACCUGAAAGUGUUGAACUACAGCCCUUUGGGAGGGUUUCAGGUAUUAUCGAAAAACUAGUAAUCAUUGAAUCUGUGACUGACCUACCACCAGUUUGCGAAGAUAGCAUGAUCUUCAAGAGCAAUCGACAUGCUGCUGGAAAGAUUUUUGAAAUCUUUGGGCCGGUUGCACAUCCCUUUUAUGUCCUGCGGUUCAGUUGCAUGGAACACAUCAAGAGGAAGGACAUCAAAAUAAGGGACAUUAUGUAUUUUGCCCCCUCAAUCCAGCAUUUCACUCGCUACAUCUUCACAGACAGAAUCCGGGAUAGGGGUUCUGAUGCUUCAUGGAAGAAUGACCUUGAGCCACCUCCUGAAGCUGUUGAUUUCAGUGAUGAUGAAAAAGAAAAAGCAGCCAAAAGCAAGAAGAAGUACUACGGACGUAAUCGGAAGAAGCAGAGGGCAGAGUACAGAUCAAAGAGCAGAUCCAGUUACAGCAGGGAUAGGAAGGGUUACAGACCAGAAAGCAGGCAGCUAGCCCUUGAGGAUGGCAGGGAGGAGGAGACCCAGGAGGAGGCCAAAGUAGAGGAGGUCCAGGAGGAGGCCAAGGUGGAGGAAGUGCAGGAGGAGGCCAAAGUGGAGGAGGCCAAGGUGGAAGAGGUCCAGGAGGAGGCCAAAGUGGAAGAGGCCAAGGUGGAAGAGGUCCAGGAGGAGGCCAAAGUGGAGGAGGAGGCCAAGGUGGAGGAGGCCAAGCAGGAGGACAGGGAGGAAGCCAAGCAGGAGCCCAAACAGGAGAAUAGGCAGGGCUCCCGCCAGGAGAGCCGACAGGGCUCCCGCCAGGACAACAGGCAGGCUUCCCGAAGCCAGGAGAAUAGACAGGGUGCCAGGGAGAGAUCAGUUUCCCAGCAGGAAAACAGACAGAGCACCCACAGGGAUCAGAGGAAGGGUGGCCGACAGGAUCAGAGAAAAGGUGGCCGACACGAUCACAGGCAUUCCAGCCGACAUGAUCGCAGACAGGAUCGCAGGCAGCUGGUCCAGCAUGACCACAGGCAGCUCAUGCAGCAGGAUUUCCGACAGGAAUACUGCCAUGAGUUCGGCCAGGAAUUUGGCCAGGGGUUCGGCCAGGGAUUCGGCCAGGAGUUCGGCCAGGGGUUCGGCCAGGAGUUCGGCCAGGAGUUUGGUGGUCAGGAUUACGGGCAGCUAGAAUUUGGGCAGCUGGAAUUUGGGCAGCAGGAGUUUGCGCAGGAGAAUACCACCAGGAGUACCACCAGGAGUACCGCCCUGCCGCUGCCGCCGCCGCUGCCGCCGCCGCUGCCGCUGCCGCUGAGUACCACCAGGAAUACAGACCUGUUGCUGAGUACCGGCCUGACUAUCAGAAUCUUGGUGCUUAUGGAGGAGAAGCUCCUGCUCACUGGUGCCCUCAGCCUCGUGAGGCUGGAAGAGGCUGCUACAGCAAACGGGAGUACCACAGAGAAUUCUCCCGGGCCCGGCACCACAAGGCCAGCCACACCAGGACCCAGGCCGCCGCCGCCGCGCAGUUCUACAAUGCUGACCACAGGGGGAACCAGGAUGCUCCUCCCUCUCUGUUUGCGCCUCAGCACAGAUUUUAAACUUCUUGAGGGCCAGGACCAGACAUUGUACUUCUGUACAUAACCCCACAGCACCUAGAUUGGUACUAUGUACAUAGUAACCACUCCGUGAAAUUCAUUGGCUAAUUCGAGCAUAUUUAUGGCCUUAAAACUAAAGGAUUGUGCAUAGGUGCUGAGGGGUUUGUACAUAACCUCUGGAGCCAUCCACAGAAGGUGGCUGUGUGCCAGAAAAUUGUGAAAGAGAAGUCAGUGAGUAUCUUCUCGAGUGCUCCCUUUGGGCGGUUUUGCUCCUUCUAACAACAUUACCAUGCAACGAGGAUCCCAGAUGCAGAUGGCUCACUUCAUUCUUUAAAUGGAGUCCACUUGCCCUAUUGAAUGGGAAAGGGAGAUGUGGGCUGGACUAGUUGGCUUCCUGAGGACUCUUCUGACGAGGAGAUUCUCUGAAGUGGAGGGAAACAUGGCUUAGUGUCUUGAAUAUGAGAGAAAAAACUGAGAUAUGAAUACUUUGAACCAUUUGUCUAUUCUACAGAAUGCACAGCAGUUGAUAUGAGAAAGAGUGACUCGGGUCUCUACCUCAUACACUGCUAGUCUAAAUUACAGUACUGUGAAAUACAAGUAUUUUUAUAAUUUUCAACAAUGAUGUAGCAUCUUAACCACAGCAGUUGAUUCAAGACAGAGUAACUCGGGCCUCUGUCUCAUGUACUGCUAGUCUAAAUUACAGCACUGAAAUAUAAAUAUUUUAUAAUUUUCAAUGAUUAUGUACUAUCUUUUCCCCCAAAGAUUUCAAAUCACUUUGCAGAUAUCCCAUUCUCAUAACCACAUGAGAUAAAUGGGUAGCAAGUCUUAAAUGUUAAAUUUUCCUGAACAUCAUGUCUAAGAAUUAUCUUUGGACCAUACUGAAUUUAGAGGUCGUUGUAGAGGAGCAAAGAGUGAAGACCACUGAGUGAAGCAAAUGCUUUCUCAAGUCACUUAGCACCUCUCAGGACCCCAGGGUCCUACAAAAUUGUUACAAUGUUAGGAUGUCACUCAAAUGUAAAUUGUGUGUCUGUAAAAGAAGGGUCUACGGUCCCUUCCAGUGAUAAUAAUGUGUAAUUCAUAAAAUGUAAAAAUGCCAAAAAAAAUCUGUGAGUAAAUGUAGUUUAUUAAUAAGUAUGCCAAAAAAAAAAAAGUAUAUACACCUUUACCUUUAAUGUUUUCUUCCUGUUUAAGCGCCAGUAGUUUUAAAUGAUAUGUAGAUUCCUUCAUAGAUUCCUUCGUAGAUACCUUCUUAGAUACUUCGUAGAUACCUUCUUAGAUACUUCGUAGAUACCUUCUUAGAAACUUCGUAGAUACCUUCUUAGAAACUUCGUAGAUACCUUCUUAGAUACUUCGUAGAUACCUGUAUCUUAGAUACUUCGUAGAUACCUUCUUAGAUUCCUCCUUAGAUUGUCAUGCUUAGAUUGUAAUUCUUAAGAAUUCUUAGAUUAGAUUAACAAUAACUAAUAUAUUCUUGGCGCUACUUAAAUCUUAAACUGAUACUAAUAGGUUAAAUGUAUCUUUCUCUAUUUGAUGUUAUUUCUCUAUUUUUAACUAUAGUAGGAUAAGUAACUAUAGAGUAAACAAUAGAGUAAAACUCUAUAAACUCUAGAGUUAAACACCAUUGGGGCUAAGGGCUAUAUCGAGAUUGGUGCUGUGAAAUUUGUCCCGUAAAAGACUUAGUUGAAUUUAUUCAACUAAGUUAUUGUCCCCGUAAACCUAUUGUGGUGUGCCGUAACCAAUUUAUAUUAUGCAUGUACAUGUUGAUAUCUUAAAUGUUUAUCUAUGUAUCUCUUAAAUGUUAAAAUAAAUGUUUGCAAAAUUAA